AUGUAUUUGGAUGGGCUGCUUUAUUCGUUGUUCGAUUUUGAUGGUCGUGGUGGAUUUUGGAGUGAUUGUCCAAAAUUCAACAAGAAGAACAGAUUGAGCAUUUCAACUUCGGCUUCUUCCUCAGCCCUGGUCGAAUCUCCUAAUUCGUCAAGAGCCGAUUUUUACAAGGAGGUUCUUGAAGCUGCUAGGAAAAAGUUUACUGGGGAGAUAUCUUUCAAGUCCAAGGACAAAGAUGUCUCACUUGCUAAGGCAUUACUUUAUAUUGCUGCUGAGGAUGAGGCAUAUUUUGCUUACAAUCGUGAAAUGGAUGCUCGUUCAAUCCAUAACGAGGGAAAAGACGUGCCAGCUCAGCAAGAUUCGCACGGGUGGGACAGGGUGGAGGCUAUGCCAAUGGAGGGAAAGACUAUAAACGAGUGGUUGGCUGAGCUGGACGCCAUAGCAAGAGAAGUCGAGGCUGAGCUGGUUCCAAGAGAGAUCGGAUGUGAUUUGGUGGAGGUUUUGGAUGCAGUCAAUAAAGUCCUUUUUAAGUCGAGGGGUUUUAAGAGGUUACCCGUUUUGAUAGAUUCCAAGUGUUCUUACUUGCACUCGGCUUUAAGCUCAGGAUGUGCCAGUGCAAUUUUGAUUAGCGUGAUUUACAUUGAGGUUUGCCGGAGGCUUAAUCUGAUGAUUGUGGGGUCUCGAGUUGGGGAAGAAUUUUUGAUAUGGCCCCCAACUGGGAAUCCCGAGGAAUUGUUCAAAGAAACUUCUGGAAAUAGCUUGUUUGGAGUUGUCAAUGGAAAGUGUGUGAGUGAUCCUCGGUCUCGGGCCUCGGACAUUAACAGCAACUCACUUUCGGGACUCGAUAUUGCGUCAAACCGAGAUAUUAUUGGGAUUGCUUUGGCCAAUUUAAUUAGGCUUUAUUGGAAACGUGCGUCGAGAACAAAUCACGGCUUGAUGCUCACGUCUCCACUUAGAUCUUUUCACAAAUCUGACGACACAUUUAGUGACAAAAGUGGCCCAAACAUGCCUUUGUUGCGACCUCAGGAGCUGAGGUUAGCAAUGAUGGCUUCACAGAGGUUACUGAUUCUUCAGCCGCAUAACUGGGCUUUGAGACGAGACUAUGGCAUGAUGCUCUAUUAUAACAGGGAAUACGAGGCUUCUGUGCAAGAGCUUAGCAUUUGCAUGGCCUUUGCACCCGAAGAUGAGGCUGAGGUGUUAGAAACUUUUGUCGAGAAACUACACCUUAUGAGGCUCGAAUCUUCUUGGUCAAAAUCUUUGAGGUUGGCUAACAGACUUGCCUAUGGAGCUUCUUCUUCUUCUUCACCUGUGUAA